AUGGCAGACAACGAUCCAAUGUGGGCUUUGAAGAAUGGACAACUGGACGAUGUCAAAGUAAUACUGGUGACGACACAAGAUGUGAACAGAAUGCUUGAGGGUGGAAGAAUGCCUCUACAUAUAGCUGCAGAUUUUGGUCAUGCUGACGUGGUGGAGUACCUCCUUUCAAAAGGAGCUGAUGUUAAUGCUCCAGAUAAGCACGGCAUCACUCCUCUGCUCGCCGCCUGUUACGAAGGUCAUGUCUCCUGUGUUAAGAUCCUACUAGAAAAGGGAGCGGACAAAAAUUGUAAAGGCCCAGACGGCAUGUGCGCUUUUGAAGCUGCAGAGAAUGCUGCUGUGAAGGCACUGCUGAAGUAA